AUGUAUAGUCCACGUACAGAAAAAGAUUUAGUAUGGCGAGAAAAAUUUCCAAUUUUUGUACCCGUACUACUAGCUGUCACUCAAAUGUUAUUAACAUUUAUCAUUAUUGCAUUAGAAAUAGCCUCAGUAAUUAUUUCACCCGUGCAUGCGACAAUAUGGGCAGGUUUCUGGUGUUCACUUAUAUUUACAUUAUCAUGGGUAUCCAUGUUUGCACUAAUUUGUUGUCAUAAAUCUCGAUCGUGUGCUACCUAUGUUUUACUAGUUAGUGUCCUUUGUGCCAUAUUUGCUAUUAUUCUAAUUGUAUUCGAUUCAAUAUUUAUUAAUAAUAUUUACAAAUGUUAUCUAUCCCAAUCGAUCUGUAAUUCCUUAAACUGGGCAAUAUCUGAUCAGAGAUUUCGAGAUAUUUUUAAUAAACGCUCGCUCUUAAUCGGUCAAUUAGUUUGUGCUAUUUUAAUGUUAAUCACGGCACUCGUUUAUAUUAUCCUUUAUCUAAUCAUUCUCGCCUUAGUACGCAGUCGAAGUGGCAGAGUGGUAGUCGAACAACAUCAAAUUCGACCUUUACAACAACCCGCACAACAUCGACAUCCACCGAGAGUUAUACCAAUAAAAAAUUAUGAUACAAGAGCAUUAGAUACAAGUGAAAUAGAAUGUCCACAUUGUGGAACUCUUAUAUUAAACAAAAGAAAAUAUUGA